CUAUUAAAGUAACCUAACCUUUGAUAAGUCGAUGACAAAAAUGCGAUUGACGUUUCAUAGACGAUUUUGUAUAUAUUUGUGUCAGUUAACAUAAUUUUACAAAUAACAGUAAAAAUUAACGAAAUGUUUAAACUAAUAAAGGAAAUAUCGUCAAAUGUGGGUAAAUCCUUUAGCAAAAGAGGCCUGCAAACUAGUUCAAUAGUUCAACAUGAUAACUUAUUCGUACAUAGAGAUACUCCCGAAAAUAAUCCAGAUAUCGUAUUUGAAUUUACUCCAGAAAAUAAAAAGAGAGCUGAAGCCAUUUUAGCUAUAUAUCCAGAAGGUCAUAAAAGAGCAGCUAUGAUACCUUUACUUGAUUUAGCUCAAAGGCAAUAUGGUUGGUUACCAAUUUCAGCAAUGAACAAAGUAGCUGAAAUAUUAAACUUGCCCAAAAUGAGAGUAUAUGAAGUUGCUACAUUCUACACCAUGUUUAUGAGGAAACCUACUGGAAAAUAUCAUGUUCAAAUUUGUACUACCACCCCAUGCUGGCUUAGAGGCUCAGAUGAAAUUUUAGAAGCCAUUAAAAAAAACCUAAAAUUAGAAGUUGGAGAGACGAGUAAAGAUAUGAUGUGGACUUUAUCAGAAGUCGAAUGUUUGGGAGCAUGUGUUAAUGCACCUAUGGUCCAAAUUAAUGAUGAUUAUUAUGAGGAUUUAACUGUACAAAGUACAAAUGAAAUUUUAGAUGAAUUGAAAAGUGGAGGAAAGCCUGCCCCUGGACCAAGAAGUGGUAGAUUUGCUGCCGAACCAAUUGGUGAACCAACUUCUUUGAAAUGUGAACCACCAGGUCCUGGAUUUGGAGUGAGAAGCGAUUUGUAAAUUUAGUUAUUUAAAAUUAGUUUUGAUUUCAAACUGAUAUUUGUACCACUUAUACAAAAGCCCUAAUAGUCCUUUAACAUAAAGAAUGCAAUUUUCCUCACAGAAUCCAAACAUUAAAUUGCACAUUUUUUUAUUUUAUCCUAGGUGUUGGAAAUUGCGUUAAUUUACAAAGAAUAAAGUAUAUUGUAAAAUGAAAAUAAAAAAUAUCACAAAAUAAGUUUUCCUUUCUAAUUUUUGAAAAAUAUUUUAUUGAAUUGAAGAGUUAUUACAGUCGAACCUUGUCAAGUCGAAAUCAGUAAAUUGAAAAAAAAUUCUAUUCCUUAACCCUCAAAUAUUUGGUAUCUCCAAUUAUUUCGACUUUGUGUAACUCAAAUUUUGAAAAUCAGACUCUAAAUUUAGUAAAACAUAAUUACCAGUAAACACGUCAUCAUAAAAAAAGUUGAAAUAUUUUCAAGAUUUCAUGAUGAUUCAGUCUUUAGUUUGAUAAAAAAAAUGAAA